GAAGGCAGAGAGUGUGUGAAUUGUGGAGCAACAUCAACGCCUUUAUGGCGAAGAGAUGGUACGGGUCAUUAUUUGUGUAACGCCUGUGGUCUCUAUCAUAAAAUGAAUGGCUCGAAUCGACCUCUUAUCAAACCUAAACGACGAUUGUCGGCAGCCAGAAGAGCAGGAACAAGUUGUUCCAAUUGCGGAACCUCAACCACGACGUUAUGGAGACGAAACCACAAUGGCGACCCUGUAUGCAAUGCAUGUGGUCUUUACUACAAAUUACAUAAUAUUAACCGACCUUUAACAAUGAAGAAGGAUGGCAUUCAAACCAGAAACCGAAAGAUGUCGACGAAAUCGAAGAAAGGAAAG